AUUAUAGCAGCAUUAAAGCUAUGCGUAUAUUAAAUGCUGAACUAGCCGAUACUCUGGGUAAUCUACUAUCACGCGUUUGUGCUAAAUCUCUGAAUCCACGACAAAUUUAUCCUCGUGUCCAUACAGCACAAUUGCGCGAUAUUCUAAAGACGGAUAGUGCACGACAUCUGUGGGAUUCGUUGGAACAACUGGAUGCCAAGUGCACUCAACAUUAUAAUGAUAGAAAUUUUUAUAUGGUUGCGGAUUGUGUUAUGUCAACAUUACAUGCAGCUAAUAGUUUCUUCGAAACCUCACGUCCUUGGGAAUUAAAAUUGAAAACUAUUACCGAGGAUUCAAAAAGAAUUAAAAUACCGCUGCCCCAGUGUGAUGAGAAUGCCUUAAGGCUUGAAACCAUUAUGGCCAUGACAAUGGAUACUUUACGUCUGUGUGGUAUUGUAUUGCAGCCCCUAUUGCCUCAACUCUCCACUAGAUUAUUGGAUAAAUUGGGAGUGCCUUGGAAUCAGCGUUUAUGGAAGAAUUUGAAGGACCAUUUUGGUUUGGUGGCCAACGAUGUCAUAGAGCCACCCAUUGAAGGUUGUCUGUCACGUGCCGAUGCUGUGCUCUUUAAACGCAUCAAUCCACCUGAAGAUGACGAUGAUCAACAGCAGCAGUUGGCGAAACAGUCGAAGAAAGUUCAAGGCAAAAAAUCAAAAGCAAAGAAAGGUGCCGAGAACAAGCAAAUCGCACAAUAGCAUUGUAAUGCUACUCAGAAAAAAAAACGUAGACGAUUGUAAUGAAUUUAUUCUAGAGCUGUUGUUCCUCCUCCUUCCGGCGUUCCUGCUGACAGUUGCGUGCUAAAUUGAGUUUAUGAGUGCAAGUAGCAACAAUCUGAUGCUUGACUUGUUUGACUACCUGUUCUUUACCAUUAUUUAGUCUUAACUGGCACGUAAUAAACCAUAGUUUUUCUAUUUUAUUUAUUUAACUUUAUUUAAUUUAAUUCCUGUUUUACCUUCUUCUUACUGAAGAAAAGCAUUUGUUUAUAUUUGUUAAUAUAAAGAGUCCAAACAGCAAUAAAGAAAAUAUUUAUAGAAAAAAAUUAUACAAAAUUGUGCGUGUUACUGUUUAUUGCACGUAACUUUAAUAAAAUUUAAUUGUAUUUUA